AUGGAGCCAUCGCAAAGUCAUUUGCCGCCUCACUUGAGAGGUCAUCACAGCUCGAAUGCGUCUUCGGAUCAGAUUGAGCUCCUGUCCCCAUAUGAAUCUUUUAGAAGCAGCAAGCCUGGGAUCCCAGAUCUCACUGGGGGUAAAGCGAAGACAAACAGCAAGUUCAUGUCUUCGACGACAGAUGGAAGUUUCGCCCAAAAAUGGAGCGCAUACACUCUAAAACCGUGGAAAAUGUGUCUCUUGACCGUUCUCGGUACCAUGCUAGCAUGCGGCCAUCAUCUUUUCUACCUAAGCCUUGACGGACAAGAAGCCACCAGCCAAUCUCUCAUGCUGCGAUACGGCACAAUAAUUGCCUUUUGCGCUAAAGCAAGCCUAGGAACUGCUGUUGCUAUGGCUUUCCAGCAGCGCGCAUGGCUGAUCGCCCGCCAUAAGAUGGCGCGUCUCGAAACAGUUGAUGCAGUAUUCACAGCCAACAGCGAUAUCUUUUCCCUCUUGACAUGGUACUCUAUCAAGAACUCUAAGAUCGGAACCCUGCUAGCUCUCUAUUGUUGGAUUACACCAUUAGUGGUGGUUCUCACGGCUGAGACACUGGCUGUCGUGGCCGGAGUCACGGAGGAGCUAGUGUCGUGUCCAUCUGUCCGAACGCUAAACUUUGGCAAUGAGGCCAACUUUGAUUGGCGUGAGAGACCAGUUGUGCAUGGUCAGACACUCAAAUCUGUGUCGCAUUUCAACACUACUGGUUUGAACACGAAGCCUGAAGACUUCAACUCGACGCACUUCGACUAUUUGAAUGCGGCGAGUUCCGUGUAUACGUCUGUUGUCUCGAAUAAGGCGGUGUUCAUGCGUGAACCCCUUGUGAGGGACGAGUCGGCAGAAGAGGUAUGCUCCGACGGCUGGAACUGCACCUAUGUUAUUGACUUCCUGGCGCCUGGGUACAAAUGUGAAGAGUUGGCUUCUGGUGUUGGUUCGAAGGUGAAGAAGCUUGGCGAUGCUGAGGCGCCUUUCAAUACCUCGAUUCUUGCGCCAGAAGGGUCAUAUACCUUCGUUUCCAAGGCUGCCAGGGAGAGCUACACCACAUAUAGUGGGGGACGGCCCAAGAAUUUAGGUGUCUUCAAGAAUGAGCCCAUCAUUUGGGUCGGCUAUGCAACCGUCAAAGACAUAAACAAGCCACAACCAAAAGAUAAGGAGGAUAAGAGCUGGGACAAAGCAUAUACGCCCAUUAUCUUUGGCUGUGAGCAUUACGAGGUCAACUACACUGUCCGAUUUGACUACGUCAGAGGUGCUCAGUCAUACAAGAUAACAAACCGCGACUAUGUUAGAAAGGUUGUUAACACGACUCUCGUCUCGGAAAACACUUCCGGAAAGACAUCGAAAAAGCAGUCGAUUCCCGAAAGUAACUGGGUGCGCCCUCAAAACUACAAAGAGUAUCGCCGAACAGCUGCAUAUCAUGUGAUUGGCGAGGGACUCCGACGAUAUGUUGGGGGAGUUGUCAACGCGGCAAACAACGUAACAACGACGUAUAUUCUCCUCACUUCCUUGGGGUCCAAGAUAAACCCCCUUCCCAUCACAAACCUGCGCCAAGGUAUCCAAAAGCUAUAUGAGGACAUUGUUCUGUCCCUUCUCUCCGAGCCAUCAUUUGUGGCAGUCGCGUGGGCGUCGAAUGGGAAGCCAUCAGGGACUAGGAAAGGUGACGCUUCGACGAGGUAUCCAUGCCGUCGGCAAAGACAGACUACGCUGUUUGUGUACAAGCAAGUUCAGCUAUUAUCUGUUUACGCGGCGAGCAUCUCAUUAGCAGUUGUUGGAGUGUUGGUUGGUAUACAAGCAUAUCGAGAAGAAGGAGUGAUGCUUGAUAUGAAGCCUUCCUCAAUUAUCAGCGCUUCAAAGAAUGGGGUGCUAGGUGCAGAAAGAGGCAAUGCCAGGUCGGGAUAUGGUCUUGUACAAGAAGGGGUUGAGACAAACCUCAGAGCUCCUGGAACGGGAGGGAAUAUGUCACAACAGUAG